GCCUUCUCGGCCCGCAGCUUUGUCCCCUUAGCUGGCCGGCGCCCAGGACCCCGGUGGUUCCGGCCCAGGCUCGGGCGCCCGGGGGAAGCGGCAACAGGACGCCCGGCUUCUCGUUCCGAGCCUCGGGCCUCCUUCCGGGAGAAGCUCGCUUGGGGUUAGCGCCCGCGCUCCUCGGCGUCCCCGCUCGGAGGCGACCCCCGGCUGCGCGGUUACGUGCCCGCUCGCCCCCCGAGGGAGGCGUCCCCGGGCCGGCACACAGCGGCCCUAGUAGGUGACACGGCCGGAGAAGCAGCUGCAGACCACACUGACCAAGGGCCCCAGUGAGUGCGCGCCGGUCCCGGAAGAAACUCGCGUCUCCACUGGCCGUGGCAGGGAGCGCUGCCCUGCUUCUUUAAGACGGAGCGCGCCGGGGAGCCCCACCCUAAGGAGCGUGCGGCCGCCAUUGGCUGAGGAGGCCUCAGGGUGGCACGUGGGAGCUGGCCUCGAGCGCUCCGAUUGGAGCCGAGGCCUGCCCGUCUGCGAGCGCCGGGCCCUCGGCCGACGCUGCCCUCGGCGUUCGACUCCUGGGUCCUCCACGUUCCAUUCCCAGGCGACCCCGUGGCGCUGCCCGAGCGGCCCCCUGCGUCCCCCGGCCGGGGCGCCGAAGGAGCGACGCAGGCAGACUGACCAUGGCCGAGUUCUCCCAGAAUCGGGGCAAGCGGCGUGACGGCGAGGUGCUGGGCGGUGCUGUGGACUUCCUUCUGGCCAACGCCCGCCUGGUGCUGGGGGUGGGCGGAGCUGCCGUGCUGGGCAUUGCCACCCUGGCUGUGAAGCGGCUCAUUGACAGGGCCACCAGCCCUCGGGAUGAGGACGACGCCAAGCAGGACUCCACGUGCCUGGAGGACAGCUGGCAGGAACUGAGCCUGCUCAAGGCCACACCGCGCCUCCAGCCCCGGCCCCGGCCCGCGGCCCUCAGCCAGCCCGUGCCGCCCCCGGCCCCCUCCCCGCCAGCCCCAGAGGGGCCCGCAGACGCAGACCCCCCGACGUCGCCUCAGCCCUGCUCCCCAGCGCCGUCGGCACGCCUGACGUUCCAGGAGAAGCUGCUGGCGUUCGAGCGGGACCACGUGACCAUGCCGGUGGCCCACGUGGCCCUGGCCAAGGAGCUGGCCGGCGACAUUGCCCUGGAGCUGCAGGCCUACCUGCGGAACAGGUUCCCAGAGCUGCCCUUUGGGGCGCUCGUGCCUGGCGGGCCGCUCUACGAUGGGCCGCAGGCGGGGGCCGCCGACCCCGUGCGUCUCCUGGUGCCCCUGGCGCUGGAGCCUGGCCUGUGGAGCCUGGUGCCCGGUGUGGACACUGUAGCCCGGGACCCUCGCUGCUGGGCCGUGCGCAGGACUCAGCUGGAGUUCCACCCCCGCGGGAGCAGCCCCUGGGACCGCUUCCUGGUGGGCGGCUACCUCUCCUCCCGGGUCCUGCUGGAGCUGCUGCGCAAGGCCCUGACCGCCUCCGUCAACUGGCCAGCCAUCGGCAGCCUCCUCGGGUGCCUGAUCCGGCCGUGCGUGGCCUCGGAGGAACUGCUGCUCGAGGUGCAGCACGAGCGUCUGGACCUCCGUGUGGCUGUGCUCCUGGCCACUGCUGGCGCCCAGGCCGGAGACCUCCUGCUGGCCUGGCCCCUGGAGGGGCUGGCCGGCAACCUCUGGCUGCAGGACUGGUACCCGGCAGAGGCCGCCCGGCUGCGGGCCCUGGACGAGCACGACGCUGGGACCCGCCGGCGGCUGCUGCGGUUGCUCUGCGGCGUCUGCCGUGGCCACCCGGCGCUGGGGCGGCUGGGCCGCAGCCCCCUGGCCCAGGUGGUUCUGCACCUGGGCGAGCGGGAAGCGGACUGGGGUGAGGAGGCCCUGGGGGAGCACUUCCUGCAGGCCCUGGAGUUGCUCAUCGGCAGCCUGGAGCGGGCCAGCCUGCCCUGCCACUUCAGCCGUGGCGUGAAUCUCCUGGACGGCCUGCGGGAGGAGGACAUCGACGACAUGGGCCAUGCGCUGUACUGGGGCCUGCGGGCCCCCGAGGGGCUGCUCUAGAGGCGUGGGCCCAGGCGGAUGCGUCCUUCCAGGGCGUCGCGAACACCUUGCCCUUGCUUUUACCCACAACGGGUCAGCGCCAGCCUGGGCGGCCCGCACUCCCACUCGCGCCUCGGCCUCAGGGCCGAUGCCAGGGCCUCGGCCCGCAGUAGCCACAGUGAGUCCCGGGCAGGGGUGAGGUUGCCUCUUUCUGUCCCCACGGUGAGUCACGCUUCCCUCGGGUGCAGGCACCUCCAGGCUGCUGGUGCUGGGCUGUGGACACGGCGUUUGGUCCCCCAGGAGCCGAAGUCACCUGGAACCCUCAGGACGCUGCUUUUGGCUGACUGACAGGCUGGCGUUUUCCACGCUGCGUGUCUGGUUUGCUCUCUAACGUGGGCCAGCGGGGGCUCACCUGGGGGAAGGCCCUUCCCCUCCUGCUGAAGGCACUUUCGCUUCCGGCAGCGGCAGCCCUGGGAGAGCCUCUUCCUCACUGGGGGAGCUGAGGUUCUGUGUGCUGCCCACCUGGCCCAGAGCUGAGGGUGUCUCCGGGCUGCUGCUGGGCCCAGACCCCGCGGUGCUGGCACCAGCUGCACUAGCUGACCCUGCACUCUCCCUGAAGCUGGCUGCGGGGGGUGAGGGUGGGGUUGUCUGCCUCCCCUCCCAGGUGUCUCUGCUCUCUCUGGUAUCCUUUCUGCUGAAGCAAAGCUAUGCCUCAAAAACUGUGAACUAGAAUAAAAAGGAAAAAUUCAGACAUCCACGGGACUCACGUUGGGCUCUUCACGCAGCCACUUGAGGUUUUGUAAAGUUGACCAGAGGAGCUUGGGAUCUGCUUGGAGGCAGCGGAUUGAAUUAGAAAAGUCGGUUACGCGGAGGGAGGACGUUACGAGAUUCCCGGAGCGAUGUCUUACUUUAGUAAUGGAAGCAGCUGGCUAGGAUUUUGUUUCUUCCCCAAAGCCUGCCCCCUGGAGCCCACUGUGCUUUCCGGGACGGGCAGGGCUGCCACAGCCCUUCGGCCAGCACUGUCAGCGUGCAGAGAAACAUGGCCCCAGGAGUGGAGGGCAGGACCCCGCGUCGUACAGGCUGGGAAGUGCGUCUCGGUGUCCCCAUAGGAGCCGUGGCCGUGGCUAACUUCCCGUCACCACACGGCAGACGAGGCUGGAGAGGGCUUGGGGCCACGUGCGCUGGUGGGGCCACCGCAGCUGUGCCAGGCCUGUGCUGCUUCUCCCUCCCAUCCUGUGUGUGUCCCCCCUUCCACCUGGGACUAGGGACAAGAAGUGGGGACAGGCUCGGAGGCCUCCCUUGGUCGAGGGCCAGCACAGGGGCCAGAGGAGGUGCUAGCGUGUACCUCUGGGUGCAGGGCCACGGGGGGCCUCUGCCUCAUGGGUGUUCACACAGGCUCGGUCUCCGCAGAGGGUCGGGGGGCAGGAGACUGGCUUCCCCGAGGGCCGUUAGGUCACCUGAUUCAGGGGCUUCCGGGCCUGAGUGCUCUCGGCGGCGAGCAGCUGUGAUCGCAGCGGAGGGUCAGCAGGCUGCAG